CUGGGGUCCUGCGCGGCGGGAGCCGUGCGCACUCGGCGGUGUGGCGGGAGAAGCGCUUCCGGUGGUGAGGGAGGCGCCACCGAACAGGUCCUGCAAGUGGCGCUGGCGGCGGCCCGCGGGGAGCGUCCACAACCAUGUCUGGAGAACUCCCACCAAACAUCAACAUCCAAGAGCCUCGAUGGGACCAAAGCACUUUUGUGGGACGAGCCAGUCAUUUCUUCACGGUGACGGACCCCCGGAACCUCCUGCUAACCAACCAACAGCUGGAGGACGCCCGGAAAACCGUGAGUGCGCUUCGGGCGGAACAAGGAGUUGUCCCUCCAGGUCUCACUGAAAAUGAACUGUGGAGAGCAAAGUACAUCUAUGACUCAGCUUUUCACCCCGACACCGGCGAGAAGAUGGUUUUGAUAGGACGAAUGUCAGCACAGGUUCCCAUGAACAUGACCAUCACGGGCUGUAUGAUGACAUUUUACAGGACCACGCCGGCGGUGCUGUUCUGGCAGUGGAUCAACCAGUCCUUCAAUGCCGUGGUCAACUACACCAACAGGAGCGGAGACGCCCCCCUCACUGUCAGUGAGCUGGGAACGGCUUACGUGUCUGCGACAACUGGCGCCGUGGCGACCGCGCUAGGACUCAACGCACUGACCAAGCACGUGUCACCACUCAUAGGACGCUUCGUGCCCUUUGCCGCCGUAGCUGCUGCGAAUUGCAUCAAUAUCCCACUGAUGCGGCAAAGGGAACUCAAAGUCGGCAUUCCCGUCACCGACGAAAACGGGACCCGCUUGGGUGAGUCGGCACAGGCUGCACAACAAGCCAUUGCACAAGUGGUCGUCUCCAGGAUUCUCAUGGCCGCGCCCGGCAUGGCCAUCCCCCCGUUCAUCAUGAACACCCUGGAGAAGAAGGCCUUUCUGAAGAGGUUCCCGUGGAUGAGUGCGCCCAUUCAGGUUGGACUGGUUGGCUUCUGUUUGGUAUUUGCUACGCCUCUGUGCUGUGCCCUCUUUCCUCAGAAAAGUUCCAUGUCCGUGACCAGCCUGGAGGCUGAGCUGCAAGCCAAGCUGCGAGAGAGCCACCCUGAGCUCCGCCGCGUGUACUUCAACAAGGGACUGUGAAGGGGGAGGACGCCCGCCCAGCCCCGCCCGCUCGGACCUGGUGCGCCAGCGAGGGAGGGAGGCCUCCGCCUGGCUUCUCCGGGCACAGACCUUCUCCACGACCCACGUCAGCCUGUAGAGUCGGCUCUCUGUCCAGCACGGCGCCGGGUGGGCCAGGCACCCCAUCGCCCUCUCACACCUGAGUCAGGGGAUAAUGAACAGAAAUGGCUUUCCUGUAGCUUUUAUGGUAAUUGUUUCCUCAAAGACAACAGUCCAGCCCUCACCUCGAGUUUUUAAAAGCGCUGCUAGGCACAGAGUAGAUGCUCAAGAAAUUGAUUAUCAGUCAGUGCAAAGGAAAUCAGGUAAAAUACUGAAUUGUCCUCCCACUCUUGUUUCAGAGCAAGGCCAUGGAGGCAGUGAUUUGGAAAGCACACAGCUCUGAUGCUAAACUAUAAAACACAGCGCGUAGGGUAAACCCUGCGUCACGGAACGGACACGCGUGGCGCGGCGUCCUGCUCUCAGGAGCUGGGCACUCCCUGCUGCUGACGUCUCUGGUCGAACCUUAAAUGCUUCUGUUUUACGUUCUUACGAAAACGUUAUACCUGUUGGCUUGAUAUUCAAUUACAUCAAACACUCAGAUAACUGCCAUGCGCACACGUCAGUGUAGGCAGCGUGUCCGGUCCUGGUGCAGCGUGCCGGGACGUUCGGGUUCGCCUGGCAGAUUUCAGGAGUGAGCGCAGGUCCAGCCCCUACGGGUCUUGUCUCGUCCUUGCUGAUCUCAUUGGCUUUCGGGAAGAUUCGGACAUCAUGUGUGUGAAUCGGUGGCUAAAUGAUUUUACUUGAAGGUUGUGUACUGCAUCCGCCCUGAUUGAAAAUAAGGCUCCAUGGACCACUGUUUACAUCCCUGUAGUAGUUUCACAUUUAAUAUAGUUCAUGCAAUAGA